AUGACUUUUGAAAGUAAAAUUGUCAUAAUCACAGGUGCAUCAUCUGGUAUUGGAGCAGGUGCAGCCAUUCACUUUUCAAAACUUGGUGCAAAUAUUGUAAUAACAGGUAGAAAUGAGAUAAAUUUGAAAGAAAUUCAAGAGAAAUGUGGUUCAAAAGUAUUAGCAAUUGUUGCUGACGUUAACGAUGAAGCAGAUCGACAUAAAAUUAUCAACAGCACAAUUGAAAACUUUGGAAGAAUUGAUGUUCUUGUUAAUAAUGCGGGAGUAGGAGAAGCUGGAACUAUUCUGACAACAUCAUUAGAGCAGUACGAUAAAGUUAUGAAUACAAAUGUCCGCUCUGUUUUUCAUCUCACUCAAUUGGCAACUCCAUAUUUAAUAAAGACUCGUGGAAAUAUCGUUAAUGUUUCAUCGGUUGCUGGCCCUCGUCAAUUUCCAAACUUGCUUUCAUAUUGCAUGUCAAAGGCAGCCCUUGAUCAAUUCACAAAAUGUGUUGCGCUGGAAUUAGCCCCAGAAGGCGUCAGAGUGAAUUCAAUUAACCCUGCAUUCAUUGUAACAAAUUUUCAUAAACGACUUGGUAUGAACGAAGAAGCUUAUGAAAGUUUCAAAUUGAGAGCGAAAGAAACGCAUGCUUUAGGUAGAGUAGGAACAACUGAAGAAACAGCUAAUGCUAUAGCAUUUCUCGCUAAUAAUGAUUUGGCAUCUUUUAUUACUGGAACUUGUCUACUUGUUGAUGGUGGAAAAGCAGUCAUGUGCCCUCGAUAA